GAUCCAUUUCAUUGUCUCCGCUAUCUUGCCAACUGCUCCACAGCCGACAAGCAUGGGUGACAUGGAGAAUUGGCCAGAAAUAGAGAAAGCAGCCACAGAGAAGAGGCGUGAACUAGUUUUCCAAGGUCCCGCUUUCGACCAGAGGAUCUCCUCGGCCGGGGGGCUCCCGCCGGCUCUCUACUCCCUCGCGCUGCUGAAUUAUCUGGAAGUUAGCCAGUGCCCUAACUUGACUGAGAUCCACGAGGACAUCCAGCGCCUGACAAACCUCCAAAGCCUCAUCCUGUGCAGGAACAGGCUCUCCUCCGUCCCGAGUGUCGUGGGGAUGCUCAGGUCCUUGAAGGUGCUGGACCUGUCGGCCAACGACCUCAGCAGCUUGCCGGAGGGAGUCACUCAGAUGAAGGAGCUAACCACCCUCAACGUGAGCUGCAACAGCCUGGAAGUUCUGCCGGAGGGGCUGAGCCGAUGCGCGAAGCUCUCCAACAUCAACGUCUCCAAGAACCGCCUCGCCGGCUUCCCCGUCGACUUCUACUCGGAGAAGCUGGAGCUGCUCAGCAUUCUGAUCGCCUCGGACAACCGCAUCGAGCAGCUGAGCGGGGAUGUUCUCAAGCUAGCCGCUAUAAAGGUGCUGGACCUCUCCAACAACAAGCUGAAGGAGAUCCCCACCGAGCUGAGCGACUGCGCCAAGCUGAAGGAGAUCAACUUCAAAGGCAACAAGCUGAGCGACAAGCGGCUGGAGAAGAUGGUCAACGGCUGUCAGACCAAGUCCAUCCUCGACUACCUCAGAGGGAAAGGAAAAGGAAAACAAGGAGAGGAAGGAGGCGAAGCCGACGGGGGCCGCAGGGCGGACAAGGGCAAAAGGCAGCAGAGGAAGAAGAAGGAGAAGGUGGGAGAUCAACAAGACGAGGUGGAGGAACUGAACAAGAUGGUGGUCAGGGUUCUCCACGUUUCGGACAGCCCCGCUGCCCUCUCCGUCACGGUGAGUGCGGAGGUGAAAGAUGUUCGACCGUACCUGGUGUGCUGCGUGGUCACGGGCAUGAACCUAAAGGCUGGCAACGCUCUCAAGCGGUUCCUGGUGUCUCAGACGAAGCUUCAUGAUGACUUGUGCGGUAAAAGGACCAUCGCGACCAUUGCGACUCAUGAUGUGCAGCUCAUCAAAGCUCCGCUGACGUAUGGCGUGAAACGACCCACCGAGCUGAAGGUCGUGUCGCUCGGCCGCAAGGAGAUGACGGCCGUCGAGCUGAUAAGGCAGCUUCAGGUCGAGGCCGACGAGCUGCGGAAGCAGAAGAGGAGGCAGAACGUCACUGGCCUCCACAAGUACCUGCAACUUCUGCAGGGAAAAGCAAUGUAUCCCUGCAUAGUGGACGCAGAGGGACAUGUGAUCUCAUUCCCACCUAUUACCAACAGUGAGAAAACAAAGAUCAAGAAAACGACCAAAGAGUUGUUCUUGGAGGUGACGAGCGCAGUCAGCCUGCAGACCUGCAAAGAUGUUAUGGACGCUCUGAUCGUGAAAAUGGCAGAGUUGAACAAGUUCACUGCAGAGCAGCCGGAGGAGGUUGGGGGGUCAGACGGGGAAGGGGACGGCCCACAAGACCCGGCCGCCAGCGGCGAGCCCUCCAGCGAACUGACGGUGCAGCAGGUCCGCACGCUGGACCAGGACGGGAACCUGAAAGUUGUCUACCCCUCAAAGACCGACCUUUGCAACGACAUUAGCAACGUGACCGUGCUGUGGUAGACGUUGUAACCUGUAUUAUUGAGAUGAAGUCAUUUUAAAAGCUAUGGGACGUUCCAGCUGAAGUUUGACAAAAUGCAACUAAAUAACACCCUUUUUACUUUACUUAGGGGCCACAGGAAAUCUGCUUGUUGGCAAAUGUGUUAUCGAAUGCUUUGCUGUUCCUAAAUCUUGUUGCUGCUUCCUGAAAACACGAUAAAUAUGCCAAACUCUCAUUAAAUAGACUCAUUUUGUAUCAUUUACAACUGAAGGCAAAUUGUCUACUAAAAAGUACUUUAAAAGUUCUUAAAUUUUCGUCAAAGCAACUUUAACCUAACAACAUUACUCCGUAAAUACUGGAGGAUUUGUGUCACCACACGCUCAUAAUAUUCUAACUUCCCCCUUUAAGCAGCAGCAGAUGAUGUCUAACUAAGAUUUAAGAAUGUCCUGCUGCUAAUGCUCACUGCCGAGAAAAGCGUCAACUCCAACUCAUUAACAACCUGUAUGGAUGUAACUUCCAAAGCGGUAUAAUUCUGUAUCUGCAAACAGAUUCUGCAGUUGUUUGUUUUUACUUUUUUCUCAUUCAUAGGUAAUAAACAAAUUGAGCAACUGACAAAUA